AAAUUUUUUAUGUGGCUCCCAUGGAGUCGCCCUCUCUUCCCAUCGUCCCACCGUCCUCCCAUUUUAGAACUUCAAUCUUACACACGUGUGCAGUCGAUACACGCAUGAGGUACGCAUCACCGUACGAGCCCCACAUUCACUUUUUCUUGCCCUUCUGCGGCUCAGGUGGUCCUGCUGCACGCCUAAUCGGCCUGCCCUCCUCAUCCAACUCGUACGCUGCACGCAUACAUGCUCAUGAGGACAGACCAAGGUGCAUGCGCAGGGAACAUCCGCGCCCACCGUAGAGCUUGACAUGGUCUGGCUUGUCCAUAGUAUAAGAGUGUUGCCCGUUUAGAGAGAAGUCCACUCGGCAUGUCCAUGGCGAUUCGCCGCAGUCGGUGAGGUCGUCGCGGCCAACGCAUGGAGUCACGAACUGACACACAUUCGCCCACACACACGCAUGCACAAGUCCAUCACAUGAGUGCCAGGCAAGAUGGCUUACCUCGAGCCACUUGUCUUCUGCUGGAGGCGUCUCGUCCUCAGCCUCGUCAUUCUCUGCGGGCACCGGGGCUCCCUCAUCCACUCGGCAGUGGCAUGUGGCCCUGACCGAAGCCACGUGACCGAUCUCCUCCUCUUCCCCCUCGGAAGCCUCUUGCGGCUACAUGUAAUCGAUCAAACACACAUGGGGGCAGGCCCAUUUCCGCUCCCCCAUCGUAGGUACCUUUAUGAAUGAGAACUUGACCGCGGCAAAGUCCGAAGGCAGCAGCUCACUGACGAACAGCCUCAUAGUGGUGUCUCCGUCGAGCGUGCAGCGGUCGGCAGUCACCUCGAGCAGCUGCUGCGCAUUCGACUCAUCUGUCGCGUUGGGGUUGUCGACAAGUGAGCAGAGCUUGGUGCACUCAAGGGGCGGGUGGAAGGUGAAGACUAGGCGGUCAUUUGUAAAGGAUUGGCCAUUGAAGGAUACUUCCAACGUCAGCUGAGACAUAUCCAUGUUGAAUCAAAAAAAGGGUGAAGAAUGGGUAUUAACUGUAUGAAUGAUCUGUUGGUACACGCACCUGUGUGAUGUUGUCAGCUGGACGCUUGACGUUGCAUCGGAUGCCCCCCCUGGCUUGGUCCAUCUCGGCCCCCACGGGGUAGGGAGGGCCGCUGGUGGAUGUGUCUGGCGAGACGGGUGCCGCCCGCACGGCCAGCACUUCACUGCUGAACACAGCUGAAGGCUUCAUCAGCACUGACGUCGCCUGCAAAGUUGAUGGAGACAUGUAUCCAUGCACUUAGCUCGCCGGUCGAACCGGGUUGAGCCACCUGAUCAAUCGGUCCCAGGUUGGGCACUAUCGCGACCAGGUGUGCAUCGUGUAUCAGCAACGGAAAAGGGCUCCCGGAGAACGAUUGCCCUGAGUCAUGUCAAUCGAGAGAAGAGACAACACACAGACUUCGUUCUACGCCGAGAAGUCGGCUGCUUUGUGUUUGUUCAUUCACCAUCCAAGGCGACGUCACACAUGGCCUGUAUUGUUCCGCAUGGCAGUGGGAGGCCUCUCAGGUCAGGGGAGAGGAAACGGACAGCUGGCGACGGCCCACGAUAUACAAACUGACCUGAAGGAUACAUAGACGAGUUAGACAGGUCUGUGAGGAUGUACGGACACAUACCAGUGACGAGAACACUUUGUGUGAUGGGCUGUGGCUGUGCAUCGGCCGUGGCCGCUCCAUCAGAGUCAUCCGCUGCUGGCAAAGAAGCAGCAGGGGCACGGUGUGGGCGUGUAGGAUGAUUGAUGCAUGAGGUGGAUGCACGCAUACGUGUGAAUAUGAGUGUCAGCCUGACGACAGUGUCUGUGGUCGGAAGGCCUUUCGGGAGCGAGUCCACAAUCACGAAGACCUCCUCACCACCUGCACAAACACCCAGCCACGAUGCGAAAGACAGAUAUCUUGGGGAGCAGCAGAUUUCACACGCACCGCACCCUUGACAUUGCAGUUGGAUGGCUCCAGCCGGUCCAUCAAGACGGGCAGAGUGCACGCAAAGAACAGGCACGAGUUGGAGGUAGUCGCCGUCCAUGUGUCUCCCCCAUCGGGGCUCACAGCACAGGUGAACCAUGCCGUCAGCCCCGGGGGAGACACAUGGAAGCCCUCUCUGUCCUGUUGUCCAUCAUCACCGUCCACUUUGACGGCUGUACCAUCCUCGUUUUGAUGGGCCUCAUCGGGCCAGCAUGGUGGCGCCUUCCACAGAAGCGGCACCGUCACCUCCACCCACUGGCCCUCCUCGCUCGUCUCAUCUGAAGGCAGCAGCAGGCCUUCCAACUCACAGUGAUCCACAACUUCGCCCCAGUUCGACAGCUCCAGGCUGUCAUUGGUCGCGAUCAGGUUUGGCCUCAGGGCGUCCUGCCGGGUCGGGAUGGGCUGCACGUCAGACGAGAGACAUGCGAACCGCACUCUCACAGGGACCCCACCCUCAUCUUGUCCAUCUGCAUUCGUCAGAUGGCCGCCCUCCGCAGCGGCUGUCCUGAACCCCAUGACCUGGAUGCGCAGCUUCUUGCCGCCGUUGGUGCCCAGCAGCGGCACUAUCCGUGGCUCAACACGCGUCACACUUGCAGGGGAGAAGAGGACAAUGUGGUGGUCACUGCAGGCGAUGCGAGUGAAUGCGGGGCAGGGUCUGCAGAACUCCACGAGAGGAUGGGGCUGUUUGUUGGAGUGCUGAGGGAUGGCCGAUGCGUCAGGGGUGCGGCGGGACGGCCGGACGCCACUGCCGGAUGUGGUCGCCCGAUCGGGGGUCUUGCGCCACUCGGGACAGUCAAGCACCACUGAGACAGACACAUGGAGAAACACCAAAAGGAGAUACAUAUUUGUGUGCUUUUUUCUGCCACGCUUCCGCUCACCUGGGCACAGUACAGUCCCCUUUAACGGAUCCCCUGUAUCCUUCCCGCGUGGUAGAUCCCUCAAAUGGAUUCUCCUGAUCUCUCGCAGCUCCUCAUCGUUUGCCCCCUCCUGCGGCAUCUCUCCGUCGCCGGUGGCAUUCUCUCGCCCCUCGCGUGAGGCCGCCAUCUUCCUGAACGCGUCACGGUUCGAUAUGUGUGCGAGGGCAUCGAACCUCUCCCGAACUUUGCCCACACCAGCCAGCGGCCGCACACACGUCCCCGGCUUGUUCUCCUUAGCGACCAUGUCCGACGGCACAGGCAGCUUGCCGACAAAAUAGACAGUGCCUUGGUGUGUGAGGAAGAGCGUGAAGCUUGCCGACGCAGACAUGGCCACGAUCCUCUGGCCUUGCUGCCGGCUGAGGGGCUCCGGCAACACGGGAACAGUGGAGGGGGGCGGGAAGGUAGGUAUUGGGGGUGCGUAUGGAAGGGGCGGCGGCCAUUGGCUGAUGUGUUCUGGCAGAAACGCAGACACUGUGUGGCCGAGACCCAGCUGACCUGAGGCAAUAGCAUAGCAUGCAUAAUCAAGGAUAGAUUCGCGGGAGAGGCACAAGGAAGUACACGUACCGUAUAUGUUGAGACCAAAGGCGUAGCACUCAUUGGCAUCCGCCCGAAUCACCGAAUGUGCCCUCCCGGCAGCCACAUCACUCACACAGCCAGAGAUACGCACGAGCUGAGGUCCAGGGCAGCGUGGUGCCCUCCUCCCAAGGCCGAGCUGCCCUGCCGCAUUUGACCCCCACGCAAGGCACUUGCCGGUGUCUGUACAGGCCAGAACGUGCUCUUCCCCACAACUGAUGGCCACCACACGGGGGAAGUGCUGGAGCGACAGACGGGGGCAUGGCUUGCCGUCGUCUAUAUACUCAUUCGAGGGCACCUUGACGCAUCGAGGCACCGAGGCGACAGCCACAGGUGGAGAGAGGCCCAGUUCACCAGCAAAGCCCCCUCCCCAGCUGAAAAGCUCUCCCCCGUCAGUGAGGGCCACUGCAAAUGACCUCCCGGCCGCAACAGCUGUGAAUCGGUGGUCCUUGAGAGCAGGAAUGAGCCUUGGCUGCUGUCCCUCUGCCGCCCCUCCCCACCCCAGGCACCCGAAUGAGCAGUGGCCGCAUGAAUACAGCCGCCCGUCUUGAGCCACCACGCAAAGAGACUCCUCGCCCACCCCAACUGACCGCACGCAGCACUCAUCCACGAAUGGUCGCCACUCCGAGAUCGCCCUCGGUAGCACCGCGGUCCCCUCGAACACGGCGAGAUCAGCAAUGUUGUCCCUCACUACUGCAGAGUCCUCGCAACCGUCGUCUGAGUGGGGGGCCCUGCGUGAAGGCGGCUGUGAUGCGCUGCUGAGUGAAAUGAGGCAUCGGCUCGUGCCGGAGGCUAGAGUGGCAACGGGGCGGCCCGUGAGGGAGUGAACGCGCCGCAUCUGGCCGUCUGUCGCGGGGCUCAUCAUGAAGACCUCGCCGCACGGCGGUGAUGCACAGGGCUCAGAAAAAUUCAUUGCAAGUUGAAGCGGCUUGAGAAGAUAGUUUUGAGGACAUCUACGCCGUCGAGGAAUACAUCAUUUU